AAUGACAGUUCUGUCAUACCCCUUUCUUUUUUUAAUGUUUAAUGUGAUGUAUUUACCAACAGUCCACUCGGGGAAUAUACGUUAUUUUGUUACGGACAUCUGUGGACAAGAAAUAGGACCGGACUUUGGUGCGUAUCUUGAGUUUGACAAAGAUGGAAUUUUAGCCACUGAUGGAAAGUUUGUUCCGCCAAAUUUAAUUGGGAAGGAAUUACAGUGCACCAUAACAGUCCGUGGGGCGCCUUCUACGGGGGAGAAAAGGUAUAUGUCCGUCUAUUGGCGAAACUUCCGUUUCAAGGCACCAGAAGUUGACAACAUAGAAAAAGACCCCCAAAGAUGUGGGAAAGCGUACGUUACACUUUACAAAGGCAAGGGAACUAAUGUUGCGGACCAGGAGACAUUUUGCGGUCGUGGAGCGUUGCCCACGCACAUUGAAUGGGAGGGAGAAUACGCGACACUGUUUUUCUACGUUGACUAUCGCUCCCCUUCCACUCCAACAGCUGAUGGUUCCUCCAAUUUCACAUAUUCUGAGAUCUUUUUCCGUCUUGACAUUACCUCUUUUGAUUACGAAUGUACGGAAACGAAAGAGGGCAUUGUAAUGCUAUGUAACGACAGCAAGCGCUGUUUAGAUGACUCUUUACGAUGUGAUUUCUGGUUUUCCCGCAACUGUCAAUCAGAAUCCUACCCACGUGAUAAUUCGGAUACAAGUAGAAAGAUGCCAGGAAACUGCUUCAAGAUUGCAACUACCACAACGACCACCCCUCCUCCCCCAGUGCCACCAACGGAACCUGACUACUCAGCCCUGUAUGUAGUCUUAGGUCUGGUUGCUAUCUUUGCUUUCUUCUUCUGGUGCUUUUGGAGGCCUGGAUACCUGAUCUGGCGGAUGGGACGAUUGCGCAAUCAUCCAUGCGUGAGGGCAUGUGGUGGUUAUCAGCCAAGCCCAACUGGAGCAGCAGCUUGGAGGGAACUUCAGGAAAGUGAAUCGGAACACCCGACCACUAUGGCAAAAGAAGACAGCAACUCGCUCAUUGCGAGCGGGACUUCUCAGGGUUAUUCAGGGAAGAUUACAAAGCAGAUUUUACCAUGUUUUCCGAGAAAGCACGAGCCGGAAAAACAAGGUGGAAAAGUUCGGCUGAGACAGGCAACAGUUUGUCCCUUACAGUCUACACCAGAAGACCAGAUAUUUAGCCGAGAUAACACCGGACAGAACAAACGAAACAAUGAGGAUAGAUCGAGAAGCAAAAAUCAAGGCAUGACUGAAAAACAAAAACCUAUCAUAUCAGCGAGUGAUAUCAACUUUGCCAAUGACUGGACCAAGUUGCUGACAAACGAUGGUUGUCAUUUGAGAGAGCAUCGCUGAUUAUAAU